AUGUGGGCCGAACUGAUGGACGGAGCCGAGUUGCUGGGCGAUGGCUCGGACAUCUUGGCGCAUUCAGGCUGCACUUCUCCCCCCCCUCAGCGUCCCUCCACCCCCUCUGGGCAUCUCAAGGGCCGUCUAUCCCACUUCAUCGCAUCAGGCCACAGAGACAGCUCUUCCUCGCCUUCCCCAUCAAUUCCCAAGCUGGCCGCAGCUUCUGCAUCGUCUCCUGCAUCCUCGGCCAGUCAGCAGCUGCCCGACAAUGCCAGCACUGACAAUCGCUUAUCCUGCUGUCUUCAAGUCUGUCAACCCUGGGCCUGUCAAAUUAAUGUCACAGUAAACAGCCAGGGAGGGAGUGUCGAAGAGGUGAUAGGGAUGGAGUGA